GCUGGCUUCAGCGUGCCCUUCACUCUUCCCAGACCGCUCUCGCGAGCGCUCACCGCACGCUCUUUUUCUGUAUUUUGAACUUCGCGUGGCGUUUCCCGCCCCGCCCCACGCGCGCAGGCUCGCGCUCUGAGUUGCGCCCGGCCUCUGGCUCAAGGCAUCAGGCCCUCGCCUUCCUUGUCCGGCCGGCAGCCCGCUGCGUAAGCACAAUGCUCUUCUACUCCUUUUUCAAGUCCCUUGUGGGUAAGGAUGUGGUGGUGGAACUCAAGAAUGACCUGAGCAUCUGUGGAACCCUCCAUUCUGUGGAUCAGUAUCUCAACAUCAAACUAACUGACAUCAGUGUCACAGACCCUGAGAAAUACCCUCACAUGUUAUCAGUGAAGAACUGCUUCAUCCGGGGCUCAGUGGUCCGCUAUGUGCAGUUGCCAGCAGAUGAGGUGGACACGCAGUUACUACAGGAUGCGGCCAGAAAGGAGGCCCUGCAGCAAAAACAGUGAUGUUCCUUCUCUCCUCCACCUGGUGUCCCAGCCCAGGACCUCUCCACACAUACUUGAGAUGUUGUGUUUCUGGUUUUAUAAUAGUGAAGGUGCUUUUUUUUUUUUUUUUUUUUUUAAGGCAUGAGUAGAUCAGAGGACUAAUUAGUGGUGAGCAGCUGUCCUCAGAAGUUGUCUGGGGGACUGCAAGGUGUUCCUUGUCCCCAGUACCUGCCUUUAUUCCUUUUCCAGAGAUGGCAGGAGAAUCUCUUAGUUCUCUCCAGGUCAGUGCGUGAUUUUGGAGGAUGGAAGGAAUCUGUCCCGUAUCGGGAAUAAAAUUUUUUGAUGCAGA